AAGAUUACUACGGCAGACACAGUAACCCUAGAUUUGGAUGAUCUAGACUGUGAACUCUCCGAGGUUCUUUGGCUUUUUAAGCGAUCUUACAUCUUCUUCUCGCUAUGUUGGGAUGCAAAGAGCUUGCUGUAUCGUCUGAGGAUGACUUUGAAAGAUCAAAUGAACCGCACCAGAUUUUCAUGGAUGUUUUCUAUGGAAGAAACGUUGCAGGAGAUGCUUGCAGCAUUACAGGACCGAGUGAUGGUGAUUCUGGUUGUUUUGUGACCAGAAAUAUUGCUGGAUUUGGAUUCGGUCCCCUAAACUACAGUGUCUGUAUCUCACGGUAUUAUCUCGAUACUUCUACUAAACGAAUGAAGCGGUCAGACGGCGGCGUGCUUUCUGCUCCGGCAAAUGAAUCCUCCAAUGGUGAUUUACCUAUAACAGUUCAAGGUCGUGCUCGUGAUGGGAAUGCCUCUCAAAAUGCAAUUGCAGCCACUGUGUCGUCAUCGAAUAACUCUUUGACGGAUCUAUAUUCUCGUCUACGUGACAAUGUAAACUAUUUACUUAAGGCAGCAGGUUGGUCAGUUGAGAAGAAGAAGGUAGGCAAAAAGUCUUCUGUGCAUACAUCUUAUAAGUCUCCCACUGGGGAAAUCUUUACUGCAUUUUACAAAAUUUGGGACUUAUUUGGUGAUAGUAUGUUUGCUGGUAAUUACAAAAUGAUACGGCAAGAAGACGGCAAACAAUGGAUUAAUAUUAAAGAGUUUGGCUCUGACCUAUCAGAAGCACUGAUAGACUUUGAGAAAGAGGAUUGCAGUCAAAUGGAACCUUCGUAUGCGUUGGUUCGCAAAUGGAGUCUUCUGGAUCCUUUUGUUACAGUGGUGAUGAUUAAAAAACAGAUUCUUACCCUAAGAAAGGGAAUGCCAGUCAAAGUGGCCACAACUGUGGUGUCAGAUUUGGCUAAGGGGAUUGAGGCUGUGCCCACUCAGCAAGAUAGCAGGUUAAGUUUGGCAUUGGAGUUGGGGCAAUCAAACUCGAAGGAUCUGAAGGAAACUCAGGGUAAUGAGAAAGCACCGGAUAUUUUCACACUUGCUGAUGCAAUUCCUUAAUUUGAAAAUGCGCGAAAGAAGUUUGAACAAUCCGGCUGCAGUGGCACUGCAGCUUCAAGCUUUAAGAUGGACCUCCUAACAUCUGGAACAACAGUGACUUGGCUGACAAAGAAGAGGCGGAGAAGGAACUUCUGAUGCUCAACUGUGAAAAACUAAAAAAAAAAAAAGAAUAAAAAGUUGUUCGUCUGUCAGAUUUUCUGAGCACCAAUUAGCAGUGGUUUUUAGUGUUUUCGUAGUCAAUUGCUCUUUCAUCUCAGUUCUCAAGUAAGGAUAUUCCUGUUAUUAGUUGUUACUGAUUAGUUUACCAGUAAGUAAGAAUAUUCUUGUUAUCA